UUUCAUUUAUGAGACGCGUCUUGGGGCUUGAUUCUAGUAUUUACGAAGUCACAACUUCAACAUAAUAUCAAUACCGCGAAAAUGGCCUCACGAGGAGCACAGAAACCGUCAUCGACACUAAAACGACCAGCAAAUACCGAUAUAGAUAAUUACGACGUCGACGAUGAUCCCUUCGCCGAUUCCGGAGACGAAGCCCCCAGCAACGACGCCGCGCAGUCUAAGAAGCGUAAAGACGCUACCGGGCUAGGAAUUGACGAGGCUGUAGCCGUACAAAAGAAAGUUAGAGCCCCAAUUGUCAAACUAGAUGAAGGCAGAUUACUAUCCGAUAAAGGAAUCCCGAGGUUACGAAGAAAAGCUCGAGAUUUGAAGUUUAAAGGGAAAGGACACGAAUUUUCUGACGCCGCUAGACUUCUCUCCUUUUAUCAGUUAUGGUUCGACGACUUAUUUCCCAAGGCCAAGUUCUUAGACGCUGCGGCUAUGGCAGAGAAAGCAGGCCAUAAGAAAUAUAUGCGGAUGAAGCGUAUGGAGUGGAUCGAGGAAGGAAAACCAAAACCGGCAGGACUCGACGGAGACGACGAUGACCUCUUUGGCGAUUCUCACGACCAACCAGAGGAGCGUGCACCCGCAGUGUUUCCUGCCAGGAUUGCUCCUAUAUUCCAGGAUCGGGGAAGUGAAAGGGCGCAUACGCCUAUACGAGAUGAUGUGCCUGAUGACGAUGAUGAUAUAUACGGAGCUACACCACAACCAUCGAGGACAACACAACCCGCAAGUAAAUCAUUAAUUGGAAGCGGAAGCGCUAGCACAAGGCCAGCAAGCGCAUCCCUAUUCGGAAAUGGGGACGAGCCUGACGAAGAUGAUCUAGACGCGCUAAUGGCAGAGGAAGAAGCACAACGUACGAAGCCCACUUCCGUUUUUGGUAACGGUAGUGGGAAACCCAGUCAAUCGAAUGACGAGCCAGAAGAGGAUGACUUGGACGCAUUGAUGGCUGAAGCCGAAGCUUAUCAUGAGCCCCCAAAGCAAAUUUCUAAACCUACGGCCAAACCGGCACAACCUAGCAUGGACAUGGAUGAAGAAGAUGAUCUAGACGCACUAAUGGCAGAAGCGGAAAAUCAGGGGCAAACAAAGCAGCCUAUAGAUUCGACGCCUAAAGAAGCAAAGGAAGUAAACCAAAGUGCGGCAGAUGCAGACGAAGAGGAAGCUAUGGCAGAGAUGGAUGGAUUGUGGUGAGAGGCCGAAACUUGGACUGGGUAUGAUUUAUGUAUUGUAUAAUGAUGCAUGCAAGGGCGUCUAAGGGGCUGUUUUUUAUUAUACGUAAUGAGUGUUAAUAUCUAAACAAAAACCAAUGGCUUUUGAUAAUGCUCGACUAAGAGCCCGAGCACUAUCUUUAAUAAUAGGUGAUACUUUUUGGUUUCAGUCUAGUGAUGCUACGAGUACCUAGGUAAAUCAUAACUGA